UUUUUUUUUAAAAAAAAUGUAAAGCGUCUAAUGAUUGAGUUCUUUUCUUCAUUCAUCUGACACUUAAACACAAGAUUCUCUGCUUACAUCAUUUACCUAAAAUUGAAACGUAGGUUUUGAAAGUGACAGAUGAAAGUGUAACAAAGAUGCGUAUUGAACUGAUACAAUCAUUAUAGGCAACCCACAAAUACAAUCCUUCCUUUCAUUCAUUCAUCAGUCUUAUCUAUUCAGACACAAUCUGUUUCUCUCUUCUCUGAGCAUUUGGGACCACUGGAAUUUGCAUCAUUCAAUGUUUAUUAGCAAAACUCAGUCUUCAGUGGCAAUUUUGAGCAAAUAAUGACUUUCUUGGAAGCUUUACAUGGGAUUUCCUUAACUGUUUGCAGCAGAGAGUUUAAUUUGGAAUCAUUAUGUAUUCACAGAGCAAUCAUAGAUGUCUUCAAUCUGUUACUAGCUUUUGUGCUCUUUCUUGUGAUGAUCAUUGGUUUCACAAGCAGAAUUCAUGUGAGGCUGCGUAGAAGGGAUUGGAUUGACACAACCAUUUCAAUCUGCUGUGCUUUUCUAGCUGUUGUUUACUUCGCUUUCAGCUUCUUGAAUGCAAGCACAGGAUCGGAUGAUAGUUUCAGCUGGUUAGCUUACUUGUUUAGAGGACUAAUUUGGACUACUCUCAGCUUGUCAGUGCUUGUACACGGGGCAAGAUGGCUCAAGUUUCUGACUAUAGGCUGGUGGGUUGUUUUCGGCUUGUUAAUUUCAGCUCUAAACAUUGAGUUUCUAGUGAAAUUUCAGAGCAUUGAACUCAUUGAAAUUGCAGCUUGGAUAGGGAACUUCUUGCUGGUGUUUUGUGCUUUUAGAAUUAUCCAUCUUAUGUUUACUCAUAGAAACACAAUGGAAAACAAUACUUUAUCAGAACCACUUUUAGGUCAUGACAAAAGUUCUACCAGUCUAGACCGGGCUAGUUUCUUUAGUGAGUUGUUCUUCACCUGGAUUAACCCUCUUCUGAAAAUAGGCAAUUCGAAGACUUUAGCUCUAGAAGACAUCCCUUCUUUAGUAUCUGAAGAUGAAGCGGUUUUGGCUUAUGAGAGAUUUGCUGAGGCAUGGAGUUCAUUUCAAAAGGGAAAACAGUCUAAUAAUAAUGCACAUGACAACCUUGCUAUCAGGGCAAUAACAAAAGUUUACUGGAAAAAGGUGAUUCUUGCUGGGAUUUACGCGAUAUUCCGUGUAGUUUCUGUUGUUGUCGCCCCAUUGUUGCUCUUUGCUUUUGUCAACUAUCACAAUAGGGAAACGAAAGGCGUUGUUGAAGGGCUCGUUUUAGUUGGUCUUCUGGUUCUUACAAAGGUUGUCGAGUCUUUGUCUUAUCGGCAUUUCUUCUUCUAUUCAAGGAGAAUUGGUAUGACGAUGAGAUCAGCUCUUAUGGUUGCUGCUUUUCGGAAACAGCUGAGGCUUUCUAGUUUGGGGAAGCGAAGGCAUUCAUCUGGUGAAGUUGUGAAUUAUAUUGCUGUUGAUGCUUAUAGAAUGGGUGAUUUUGUAAUGUGGUUUCAUCUUGGAUGGACUUCGGCACUGCAACUCCUUCUGUCCAUUGUUGUCCUCUAUGGAAUCGUUGGCAUUGGUGUUCUUCCAGCUUUAGUCCCUAUGCUCAUCUGUAGCCUUCUCAAUGUUCCAUUUGCAAAAAUGCUUCAAAAAUGCCAAUUGGAAUUCAUGAAUGUACAAGAUAAGAGAAUCAGGGCCAUGUCAGAGAUUCUAAACAACAUGAAGAUCAUUAAGUUGCAGUCCUGGGAGGAAAAGUUCAAGAAAUUGAUAGAAUCAUAUAGAGAGACCGAAUUCAAAUGGUUGUCCGAAUUCCAGAUUAAGAAGACUUAUAACACAGUGCUGUAUUGGAUGUGUCCAACAAUCAUUUCAUCGGUGAUUUUCUUCGGAUGUAUACUAUUGAAAAGUGCUCAAUUAGAUGCAGGCACUGUUUUCACAAUCUUGGCAGCCCUGAGGUGCAUGUCAGAACCAGUUAGAGUGAUUCCUGAGGCUCUUUCUAUGUUGAUGCAAGUUAAAGUCUCAUUUGAUAGGAUCAAUUUAUUCCUUCAUGAAGAUGAAAUUAAACAUGAGGAUUCAAAGAGAUCAGCUUUGGCUGACGGUUCAGAUAUUACCAUACACAUUGAAGCAGGUAAUUUCAGUUGGGAAGCAGAUUUAGCCAGUUUGACAGUUAAAAAUGUGAGUUUGAAAGUUAGCAGGGGACAGAAAGUUGCAGUUUGUGGACUAGUUGGUUCAGGAAAAUCAUCAUUGUUAUAUGCUAUAUUAGGCGAAAUACCAAAAGUUUCAGGAGAUGUGAAUGUAUAUGGAUCUGUAGCUUAUGUUUCUCAAGCUUCAUGGAUACAAAGUGGGACAAUACGUGAAAACAUUCUGUAUGGGAAGCCAAUGAACAAAGUCAAGUAUGAUGAAGCUAUAAGAGUGACUGCAUUGGACAAAGAUAUUGAGAGUUUCGACUAUGGUGAUCUCACAGAGAUUGGUCAGAGAGGCGUUAACAUGAGCGGUGGACAAAAGCAGAGAAUUCAACUUGCUCGGGCAGUUUAUAGCGACGCUGACAUUUAUCUUCUCGAUGAUCCUUUUAGUGCGGUAGAUGCACACACAGCAACAGUUCUAUUCAAUGUUAUGGAAGGAGGAAGAAUAACUCAAGCCGGAAGCUAUACAGAAUUGCUUUCAGCAGGAACCGCAUUUGGUCAACUUGUGGUUGCUCAUAGAAAAACAAUGACACUAUCUGAUUCUCAGUCCUUGAACACCAAAAGAGGAAAUGAGACUAAAAGUGCAAAUGUGACCAACACGGAAGGGAGAAAGCAAUCUUUUAGCAAAGAGAGCAGUGAGGGAGAGAUUUCCAUGAUUGCUGGAGUGCAAUUGACAGAAGAAGAAGAGAAGGAAAUUGGUGAUGUUGGAAUAAAACCAUUCUGGGAUUACGUUUCUGUCUCUAAAGGAUUCUUUCAUCUUUUAGGCAAUGUGAUUACUCAGUCUGGUUUCGUAAUUCUUCAAGCCGCAGCAAGUUAUUGGCUAGCAUUCGCCAUACAGUCGCCUAAAAUCAGUAGUGUUGCUGUUGUUUCAGUAUAUACACUAAUUUCAACAAUUAGCGCCUUUUUUGUCUACCUGAGAUCGCUUUUUGCAGUGCUUCUUGGAUUGAGGGCUUCUAAAUCAUUUUUCUCCGGUUUCACCAAUUCAGUUUUCAAUGCUCCAAUGCUCUUUUUCGACUCAACUCCAGUAGGAAGGAUCUUGACACGAGCUUCUUCAGAUUUGAGUGUGCUAGAUUUUGACAUCCCAUUAACGGUUGCAUUUGUAAUGGCUGCUACCACUGAACUAAUUGCAACAAUUGGUAUCAUGGCCUCAGUAACAUGGCAAGUACUUGUAGUGGGAAUCAUAGCAAGCAUAGCCUCUAAGUAUGUUCAGAACUACUAUCAACCCACCGCUCGUGAGCUAAUGAGGAUAAAUGGAACAACAAAGGCCCCCAUCAUGAAUUAUACAUCUGAGACAUCACUUGGUGUUGCCACCAUAAGAGCAUUUAACAUGUCGGAUCGGUUCUUCCAGCACUACCUGAAGCUAGUUGACACUGAUGCAAAAGUUUUCCUCUUCUCAAAUGCAGCGAUGGAGUGGUUAGUUUUGUGGAAUGAAACGCUACAAAACAUCACCCUAUUUACUGCCGCUUUUCUCUUGGUAUUUCUCCCACAGGAUUAUGUAUCUCCAGGGCUUGUUGGUCUAUCUCUUUCUUAUGCAUUUGCACUCACAUCAACUCAAGUGUUCUUAUCACGAUGGUAUACUAGCUUGGCCAACUACAUUAUAUCGGUUGAGAGGAUCAAACAGUUUAUGCAUAUAUCACCACAGCCUCCAGCAAUUGUGGAAGACAAAAGACCGCCUUCCUCAUGGCCUUCCAAGGGUAGAAUAGAGUUGCUGGAUUUAAAGAUAAAAUACCGGCCUAAUGCCCCGAUUGUGCUGAAAGGGAUCACUUGCACAUUCAAAGAAGGGACAAGAGUAGGUGUUGUUGGAAGGACAGGAAGCGGAAAAACUACGCUGAUCAGUGCUUUGUUUCGCCUGGUAGACCCCUUCAGUGGGCAAAUAAUAGUUGAUGGGAUAGACAUUUGUUCUAUAGGCCUCAAGGAUUUGAGGCUGAAACUCAGUAUCAUACCACAGGAACCAACACUUUUCAGGGGCAGCAUCCGAACAAAUAUGGAUCCAUUGGGCAUCUAUUCAGAUGAUGAGAUAUGGAAGGCUCUAGAGAAGUGCCAGUUGAAGGACACUGUCAGCAAACUUCCAAACUUGUUAGAUUCUUCAGUAAGUGAUGAAGGUGAGAAUUGGAGUAUGGGGCAAAGACAGCUAUUCUGCCUUGGAAGAGUUCUAUUAAGAAGGAACAAAAUCUUAGUACUUGAUGAAGCAACAGCUUCCAUUGAUUCCGCAACUGAUGCCAUUCUUCAGAGAGUGAUCAGAGAAGAAUUCCCAAGCUGCACAGUGAUCACAGUUGCUCACAGAGUUCCAACAGUGAUUGAUAGUGAUAUGGUCAUGGUUCUUUCCUUUGGUAAGCUUGUGGAGUAUGAGGAGCCUUCAAAGCUGAUGGAAACCAAUUCAUCUUUCUCCAAACUUGUAGCAGAGUACUGGUCAAGCUGCCGGAAUAACUCUUUCCAGAAUUUAGAAGAUUUAAGUUAGUGAAGCAUUACGGAUCACUAAUCAUAGAACUUUAAUAAUUUGUAAUGCCGGAAUAAUUAUCAUGGAAGUGUUUGUGGAGGUCCCUACAGCAAGAUCUUAAUAUGCAACAUGAUGCUCUUACACACAAUUAAUACUUCUUUCGUCCUGAAAUUAUUGUCACUAUACAUUUCCAUCUUUAAGUUCAAUUUGUACUAAAAGUGAAAAUCCAAACUGAAAAAUAGUUGCCACUAAUGAAUGAAAAGUUAGAACCAAAAAUAUAAUU